UUCCGGUGGUAGCGGCACUCGGGCGUCGGGUGACGCUAGGCGGACGAAUCGUCACGUGACACGGAAGUGACUACGAACAGGAAGAGGACGAAAAAAAAUAACCGUCCGCGACGCCGAGCCGAACCGGACCAGCAGCCACCAUGAACAGCAAAGGUCAAUAUCCAACGCAGCCAACCUACCCUGUGCAGCCUCCUGGGAAUCCAGUGUACCCUCAGACCUUGCAUCUUCCUCAGGCUCCACCCUAUACUGAUGCUCCACCCGCCUACUCAGAGCUCUAUCGUCCGAGCUUUGUGCACCCAGGGGCUGCCACAGUCCCCACCAUGUCAGCUGCAUUUCCUGGCGCCUCACUGUAUCUUCCCAUGGCCCAAUCUGUGGCUGUUGGACCUUUAGGUUCCACAAUCCCUAUGGCUUAUUAUCCAGUUGGUCCCAUCUAUCCACCUGCCUCCACCCCCUGGAUGCCCUCCCAACGCUGCUCAGCUUGCAGUCAUGCAGGGAGCCAAUGUCCUCGUAACUCAGCGGAAGGGAAACUUCUUCAUGGGUGGCUCAGAUGGUGGCUACACCAUCUGGUGAAGAACCAAGGCCACCUCUGUGCCGGGAAAGACAUCACAUACCUUCAGCACUUCUCACAAUGUAACUGCUUUAGUCCUAUUAACCUGAAGUUGCAGUUUAGACACAUGUUGUUGGGGUGUCUUUCUGGUGCCCAAACUUUCAGGCACUUUUCAAACUUAAUAAGGAACCAUGGAAUGGUAGCAGUACCUCCUUAAAGCAUUUUGAGGUAGGGAAGCAUCCAUUCAUAAAAUGAAUGUGGGUAAAGCAGCCCUAAGGGUCUUCCUUUAAUUCCUCUGGAGUAAUACUGUACCAUACUGGUCUUUGCUCUUAGUAAUAAAACAUCAAAUUAGGUUUGGAGGGAACUUUGAUCUUCCUAAGAAUUAAAGUUGCCAAAUUAUUCUGAUUGGUCUUUAAUCUCCUUUAAGUCUUUGAUUUCUAUUACUUGUUAUAAAUGAAACGCAUUAGUUGUCUGCCUUUCCCUUUCCAUCCUUUGCCCCAUGUCCCACCCUCACCCCUAGUCUUCCAGUUCCUUCCCGCCAAUCUCCAUUGAAUCAAUGGUGCAGGACAGAAAGCCAGUCAGACUAACUUCCUUCUCUCCUUGCACUUGUCCCCACUCGCCAUCUUUUCACUAGUCUUUCACAAGGAUCCUCUGAAACCCCCUCUGUGCCCCGAGCACAGGCCCCAUUACUUCUGCUUUUGCAUCUCCUCAGGCAAAAGUGGAGGGUGCCUCUAGGACCCUCCUCAUAGGUUGUUUCUUCGUCCAUGAACCAAACCCAAAUUUGCUUCGGUGCCAGGAAAACAGAGGUCUGUUUGAACAAAGGGUUUCAAUGCAAACUGUACUGUAAACGGGUUUGUGUAAAACGUGGGGGCAAGGGGGAGGAUGCAUUUCAAAAGCCUGAUGACAUUAGAGCCAAAUUAGGGGAUGUCUUCCCAUCCAAAAAUUGGUUACCGUUUAUUGUCGGAGCAUCUGAUGUAGGCCCUCAUGGCUCCCGAGAAUUCCUCAGCUGGGUUCGUGGGGUCAUUUUAUGAAUCCCUCACUACAAAAUGACUUGAGUCCAGUGAAAUCUCAUUAGGGUUAAGACUAUUUCAGGGAUCCUUAAUAUUUUGAUUUUUGUUUUCUGAAAUUGGAUUUUAUUUUAUUUUAUCUUAUAAUUUCAGUUCAUCUAAAUUUUGUGUUCUGUACAUGUGAUGUUUGACUGUACCAUUGACUGUUAUGGAAGUUCAGCGUUGUAUGUCUCUCUCUACACUGUGGUGCACUUAACUUGUGGAUUUUUUAUACUAAAAAUGUAGAAUAAAGACUAUUUUGAAGAUUUGAAUAAAGUGAUGAAGUUGCAUUACACCUCA